UCAUGGGUGCUGCAACUCUGCUCUGCCUCCAGCUGGCAGCUUCCAUGCUGUUGCUGGUUUCCUCAAGUGCCCAGGGUGGGUAUGUGGGCAUUGUGAAUGGCACAGUAGCAAAACCCUUCAGACCCUACAUGGUCUCUGUGCAACAAAAUAAGGAACAUAUCUGUGGUGGCUUUCUGGUGUCUGAGUCAUUUGUCAUGACUGCAGCUCAUUGUAUCACUUGGGGAGUGAAUUUGACUGUUAUGGUAGGGGGACACGACAUUACAAACCAGAAAAGUGGAACAAGGAUACCAGUGAAAUACUACCAUGUCAACCCCGGAUACAUUCCUAAGACACUUCAGAAUGACAUUGCAAUUCUACAGCUGACAGAAGGAGCAAAACAGUCCAACUCUGUAAAAUGGAUCUCUAUUCCUGAGAAGGACAAAGACAUCAAAGGGGCAGAGGUUUGUAGUGUGGCCGGAUGGGGGGCAACGAAAACCAAAGGGCCUGCAAACAAUCUCCUCCUCCAGGCAGAUGUGGUUAUCAUGAAGAGAAAAGAGUGCAAUCAAUUGUGGAAGGGAUACUUCAAUAAAAAAAUGCUUUGUGCGAGUGGUAAAGCAGGCUUUUGCCAGGGUGACUCAGGAGGCCCUCUGGUCUGCAAGAACAAGGCUGUGGGAGUAGUGUCGUUCAACGAGAAAAAUAACUGUAACAACCCAAAAAAGCCAAAUGUCUACACAAGAAUAUCAGCAUAUCUGCCCUGGAUAAAGAGUAUUUUAAACAGUGUCAAACACUGAUGA